ACGUCACGCGUCGACGCACCUGUCGGGCUCUCUGGUUUCCUACUGCUUUUCUUCCCCUUCCGUGGGUCGGGGACGGUCUGUUCCGCAGCCUGCAGCUCCUUUUUCGUAGUCAACAUUCGUCCGGGGCCGCGUGUGGAGGAAGGAGGGUGUGGUGGAUUGAAAGCCAUUCUACUUCGUUCCCGAGUUAGACCAUUGGGUGUAAUGGUAGUCUCUUAAGAGGGAAGUGAUGCUGGAGAUUUUUAUUUCUAAUUGUGGGUAGAGAAACAGGUUGACUCUAGGGCCCAAAGCAAGCGGGUGUAACUUAUUGCUGUUCCCGUGUUGGAAGGAGGACCCAGAUAAAAGUCCCCCCUGGCAGAAUUUCCGUAGCCUCGUCCGUAGAAAAGGCCAGGUGUCUUCAAUUGCGGUAGUUUGGGUUGUGUUAAGCUUCACCAGGCGGAGCUCCCAGGGUUUAGCUAGGUUUUCGGUUGGAAACAGAUGCAGAAUCCUAAGGCAGCGCAGGAAACAGCCACCGGUUUUGCUAUGCCUCUGAGCUGCAAGGUAACCAAACAGCUCAAUGGAGUCUGAGCAACUGUUCCAUAGAGGCUACUAUAGAAACAGCUACAACAGUAUAACAAGUGCAAGUAGCGAUGAGGAACUUUUAGAUGGAGCAGGUGUCAUUAUGGACUUUCAAACUUCUGAGGAUGACAAUUUGUUAGAUGGUGACACAGUAGUUGGAACUCAUUACACAAUGACAAAUGGAGGCAGCAUUAACAGUUCUACACAUUUACUGGAUCUUUUGGAUGAACCAAUUCCAGGCGUUGGUACAUAUGAUGAUUUCCAUACUAUUGAUUGGGUCCGGGAGAAAUGUAAAGACAGAGAAAGGCAUAGACGGAUCAACAGCAAAAAGAAAGAAUCAGCAUGGGAAAUGACGAAAAGCUUGUACGAUGCGUGGUCAGGAUGGCUAGUGGUAACACUGACAGGAUUGGCAUCCGGGGCAUUGGCUGGAUUAAUAGACAUUGCUGCUGAUUGGAUGACUGACCUCAAGGAAGGCAUUUGCUUUAAUGCUUUGUGGUACAACCAUGAACAAUGUUGUUGGGGAUCUAGUGAAACAACAUUUGAGGAGAGGGAUAAAUGUCCACAGUGGAAAACAUGGGCAGAGUUAAUUAUAGGUCAAGCAGAGAUUAAAACUAUUUUGAGUGGAUUCAUCAUCAGAGGUUACUUGGGAAAAUGGACUUUAAUGAUUAAAACCAUCACAUUAGUACUGGCUGUGGCAUCAGGAUUGAGUUUAGGAAAAGAAGGUCCCCUGGUACAUGUUGCCUGUUGUUGUGGAAAUAUUUUUUCUUACCUCUUUCCAAAGUAUAGCACAAAUGAAGCUAAAAAAAGGGAGGUGCUCUCAGCUGCCUCAGCUGCAGGUGUUUCUGUGGCCUUUGGUGCACCGAUCGGAGGAGUUCUUUUUAGCCUGGAAGAGGUUAGCUAUUAUUUUCCUCUUAAAACUUUAUGGAGAUCAUUUUUUGCUGCUUUAGUUGCUGCAUUUGUUUUGAGAUCCAUUAAUCCAUUUGGUAAUAGCCGUCUGGUCCUUUUUUAUGUGGAGUAUCAUACACCAUGGUACCUUUUUGAACUGUUUCCUUUUAUUCUCCUCGGGGUAUUUGGAGGGCUUUGGGGAGCCUUUUUCAUUAGGGCAAAUAUAGCUUGGUGUCGUCGACGCAAAUCCACCAAAUUUGGAAAGUAUCCUGUCCUUGAAGUCAUUAUUGUUGCAGCCAUCACUGCUGUGAUAGCUUUCCCUAAUCCAUAUACUAGGCUCAACACCAGUGAACUGAUUAGAGAGCUUUUUACAGACUGUGGGCCCCUGGAAUCCUCUUCUCUUUGUGACUACAGAAAUGACAUGAAUGCCAGCAAAAUUGUUGAUGAUAUUCCUGAUCGUCCAGCAGGCGUCGGAGUAUAUUCAGCUAUAUGGCAGUUAUGCUUAGCACUCAUAUUUAAAAUCAUAAUGACAGUAUUCACUUUUGGUAUCAAGGUUCCGUCAGGCUUGUUCAUCCCCAGCAUGGCCAUCGGAGCGAUUGCAGGGAGGAUUGUGGGCAUUGCAGUGGAGCAGCUUGCAUAUUAUCACCAUGACUGGUUUAUCUUUAAGGAGUGGUGUGAGGUUGGGGCUGACUGCAUUACUCCUGGCCUCUAUGCCAUGGUUGGUGCUGCCGCAUGCUUAGGUGGAGUGACAAGGAUGACCGUCUCCCUGGUGGUUAUUGUUUUUGAGCUUACUGGAGGCCUGGAAUAUAUUGUCCCCCUUAUGGCUGCAGUAAUGACCAGUAAAUGGGUUGGAGACGCCUUUGGUAGGGAAGGCAUUUAUGAAGCGCACAUUCGGUUAAAUGGAUACCCUUUCUUGGAUGCAAAAGAAGAAUUCACUCAUACCACCCUGGCUGCUGAUGUCAUGAGACCUCGAAGGAAUGAUCCUCCCUUAGCUGUCCUGACACAAGACAACAUGACAGUGGAUGACAUAGAAAACAUGAUUAAUGAAACCAGCUACAAUGGCUUUCCUGUCAUAAUGUCAAAAGAAUCUCAGAGAUUAGUAGGAUUUGCCCUCAGAAGAGACCUGACAAUUGCAAUAGAAAGUGCCAGAAAGAAACAAGAAGGUAUCGUGGGCAGCUCUCGUGUGUGCUUUGCACAGCACACCCCAUCUCUGCCAGCAGAAAGUCCGCGGCCCUUGAAGCUUCGCAGCAUUCUUGACAUGAGCCCUUUCACAGUGACGGACCACACCCCCAUGGAGAUCGUGGUGGAUAUUUUCCGAAAGCUGGGCCUGAGGCAGUGCCUUGUAACUCACAAUGGGAUUGUCUUGGGGAUCAUCACAAAGAAGAACAUAUUAGAGCAUCUCGAGCAACUAAAGCAGCACGUCGAACCCUUGGCGCCUCCUUGGCAUUAUAACAAAAAAAGAUAUCCUCCGUCAUAUGGCCCAGACGGCAAACCAAGACCCCGCUUCGGUAAUGUUCAACUGAACCCCGUAGAUGAGGACAGAGAGGAGGCAGAAGAGGAAGUUCAUUUGUUGAAUAGCACAACUCUGUAACCUGAGGGAGUCGUCUACCUAUAGUUCUCCUUUAAACAAAAAAAGAAAGAAAAAGAAAAAAGAAAAUAUAAAAGCCAGGCUUUUGCAACAUGGUUUGCAAAUAAUGCUGGUGGAACGGAGGAAUUGUUUGGGGAGGGAAAGGAGAGAGAAGGAAAUGAGUGAGGUAUUUCCCCGUCUAAGGAGAGCAGCCAACCACCUCCUGUCAUUCUGCACUGGAUGCGUUCAGCUGAGGAUGUGCCAUGAAAGUGCAGACUUGAGCCCCAAAGGAGAGGGCCCUGGAGCCCUGGAGCACCCGGCCUGUUACUCCAACAUCGCAAAGACGUGUUAUCAGUCCCCGUUUCUGGAGGGGUUACUUUGAAUUGAGCCAUCUAUAAGACUGCAGGUCUUGCCCUUUUUUAAUCAAAACUGUUCUGUUUAAUUCAUGAAUUGUAUAGUUAAGCAUUACCUUUUUACAUUCCAGAAGAGCUUCUCUCUCUUUCUUUCUCUCUCUGUAACAAAGCCUCUUUAAAUUGGUGUGCCCUUUUGAAGCAAUCCUUUCUCAUAUUGAGAUGUACUGUGAUUUUACUGAGGUUUCAUCACAAGAAGGGAGUGUUUCUUGUGCCACUACACUAACCAUGUAGUUUUUUUUACCAUCACUGAAUGCUUGGAGCCGACACAUGCACCAUAACAAAGGCCGAUCAAACAGGUACAAUCUUGAAUGAAGCAUGAAUGAGAUCUCUCAGCUUGUGUGCUGUGUGGUUCAGAAUCUUUUUGUUUUUCCCCCUCUCAGAUUUUAUGGAUAAUGUGACCUGGUCUUAUGCAUAUUUUCUAUUUCUAAAACUGCUAUGAAAUACAAGUACUGUUCAGCAUAAGGAAGCACCGUGCUACUGCUCUGACAGUAAAGAGAAGUAACUAUUCUGUUUAGCUAUAUCUGAAAUUAACUGCAUGUUUAAACACUGGAAUUUUUUUUUCUUCUUGAAAUUAGAUCAGUAAUUUUUUUCUUUCCUCAAGAUAUUUUACUGCUGACACUGAAGAAAUGUAAUUCAUAACUUGCACUAAUGUAUAUUUCUUUUUCUUAAAAAUUUACCAUUCUUAUUUAUAUUUUUAUGGAUUAAAAUUUAUAAAAUACAGAUCAGUUAAUAUCUCACUUAAGUAAUUUUACCUUUUUAAUGUGAUUUUUAUAGACUAAUUCUGACUUACAAAUAUGGAGAUAUGAACAGAGUUUACAAUGGGAACAAGGGUUUGAGAGAGGAUGUGGUUAUUUAUGAUCUAAUGUGUACAUAAACCUUCUUCUGAUCCUUCACUGCCAUCCCCUGGAUUCUAGCAUCUGACCUGUCCAUUCUGACUCAUUAAUGGAAAAUUGAAACACUACAAAUCACUUUGAAGAUUAAAAUCAAACAUUAAAUAGUGUUUACCUUUAAAAAAAUCAAAUGAAAUUGCAAAAAUAGCAGUUAAAAUUGUAAUCAGAACAUAACCUUUGAAUCUUCGGGUAUGUCACAUCCAGAGGUAUUCAAUGAUGUUUUGACUAUUCACAGCGCAUAUUUUGCAGGAUGAAUUGAAAAUGUAUUGGGGUAUGUUUGGGAUUGUUUUUGGAAAUGUCUGUCUUAAUCAUGGUCUUAAUUCACUAUCGGCAAAGGUAGUUUUCUUGAAGGACUGGCCUGAAUAUUCUGUGAUUAUGCAUUUUUGGUUGGAAAGUGAUUUUUUGCAGACAUUUUCUGAAACAAACUGGCAAUGAGCUGCUUUUUUGGAAGUGAGUCUUCACUUCCUAGUUUUUAAUAGAUCUGUAAGAUCACAUAAGAUGGGUAAAAUCUUGAAGAUUUACAAGAUCAUGAAGCCAUAUUAGAAUGACAAUUGUUAAGUUGAACAAAAUUUUAGAAACUCUGUGAAACAUUUUAGUUUUGCUAUCUGCCUAAAAUUGGUACUUUGUCCAAGACACUUCCCCACUUUGGCAGACUUCAAGUUUUCUGGCCCCUUCAAAGUUUCUUUGACCAUCCAGAGUACGAUCAUUUCUGAACGAUGGUUGUGUGUAUCUUAUCUCCAGCUUGUCUGAAGUGUGCAAGGCGCUGCUGGAGUGUGAGUUCCUCAGCACUGGCUACCGAACAACUUAAUUGCUUGUCCUCAGUUACAAGCCUUCGAAGGAGUAGCGAGUUUCUUUGCAGGUAGCUUCAUCAUAGUAAACUUUACAUGGAUUUCGUUUUUCAUGUUAGGUCCUCCUUUCAUUGCCCAUCCUGCUUCAGAGACUGACAUUUCAGGGUGAACACUCAAGGUGUAUUUCUAUCUCUGAUGUGUCUUACAGCUGAAAUACAGGAAAAGUGCCAUAUUUCUAUGCAUUCAGUGGUUUUCUUUGGGAUUACGAUCUGUUCCAUUUUUCUUCUUGAUAUGUUGAGGUAUGUCUGCUUUUUCACCAAACUGUGAAAUAGUGGAGAUCAUGAAAUAUAUGUGCCUGGCUGAUUGGCAAAUAAUAUGUGGAGCACCUUAUUUGCGUCGCUUUUUGGAGAAGGUCUGAUGAGAAUGGGCAAGGGUGUCAGCAUCUCUUCCUAAUAAUUGUUUUCAGUUUUGGUUCAUGAAGAAUGCUUAGUUUGUUAACCUGUGAUGUUGCCUAGAGCUGUAUUUAUCUGUUUUUAUUUAUACUAGUAUAGUAAAGCUGCAUAUCAUUACAGUAAAAAUGAUUACUGUGAUGAGUUAAUCAGAAUAUCUAUUAAAAUCUAUAUGACAAUG